CACAUUUUUAGAAGGAAAAAAAAACUCCAAACCAAAGAUUGAGUCAGCAUAUUAAUGUUAUAUUCAGCAACGACACAGACUGAAUACCCGAGUCUCCACCAUGGAUAACUCUGAGGAUUCUGUCUCUUUGCAAGAUUACAUUGCAUCUGUGCCUAACACCUCCAUGCCACGGAUUAUACAGAUUGCCUCUGGGGUCUACCUUCAGAGCUCCAUCUAUGAUAUCAAAGGAUCUGAAUGCUGUUUAUCUACUGGUGAUCUGGUAAAAGUUCUUGAAAAGGAGUUUAAAUUCAUAUCUUGUGUUGAUCAGAAUAUAGGAAAAUGCUUUGAAUUGCCUAGCAACUUUGAAGAUGUUUUUAAGAUUGUGGCUGACCGUGGCAUAUACAACAGUUUUGCGGAUCUGAAGGAAAAGUUAUAUGGUGACCUUACCCAUCCUUUCUGGUUUGCAUCUGCAACAGACAUUUUUUUAGAAGAUCGAGUCAUUAAUCAACAGCAUCUAAUUAAGUAUGUGUCACCUGACAAUUUCAACCCAACCAGCUUUGCAAUUUGUCAGGUUUGGGACGAUCCCAGUAAAGUCUGCGUUAAAAUCCCUGUCACUACAGUUGGACAGUUUUACGAGUGUGAUCAAGUGGAGUCCUAUACAUUGGAGCAGAUCUUGCAGUCCCCGGCUCUGCUGAAACGUAGCUACUCCUGCAGUAGCAUUGGAAAUGGGCCCUACAAGCUCACUCCUGUUUAUGAGAUAAGAGCAAUUAUGCACAUGAGAAAAGAUAUUGUGAAAAUGCCUUCAAGCCUUGAAGUGGAAGUUAUAGACCUUACAGAUCAGUGUGGCGAUACAGAGUUUAUCAAGCCUUACUCAUUGACAGAAGUUUCACAAUGUGAGGAAAGAUUUCCAGCUGUCAUGGAAAUAGUGGAAAGUUCAGAUUGCAGCCAUAUAAUCAAAAAUGACUUAUUGUCUGUUCUCAGGAAAGGACAAAAGAUCAUUAUCCACAGUAAGGAACUUUCUAGAAAAGUUCUGGCUACAGCUGCUAAGGGUAAACUUUCUAGGUUCUUCUACAUCCACGCUGGAUAUGAAGGAAAGGCCCGUCAACGGCCAAGAGAAUUUACAACAGUUUAUGAUCUCUGGACAAUAUUGAUGGCAGGAGUAAAGCUAAAUGUUGUUGUAACCCAAGACUAUGAUAGUACUGACGGCUGCUUCCCUUCCCUUUGCAUUGGGGAUCACCUUAAAAUUCUACGUCAUGCCAAAGCCAAAGUAUCAGACAGUUUGGACUGUAAGGAAACAGAUGUUCUAGUGUGUGAAAAAGACUCUGCAGAUGAUGAAGAAGAAUCAGAGGAAAUUAUUCUGCCUUUGUUUCUUGAAGGACGUUUUGUUGAGGAAGUUAAGGACAACAAAAAAUAUACAAUCAGCAAUUUAAUAAAAAAGUUUACACUUCCCUGUGAGGUCAAGGUUGUAACAAAAGACCCAUCACUGCCCAACGAUCCUCUGACCUCAUUUGCCUCUAUUAGACUGGAGGAGCUAAUUGAAGAACCUAUUUUGUUGGCUAGUUUUCUGGAUAACCCUUCUGUGUGUUUUCAGAUUCCUAUUAAGUUGAGAGAGUUUUCUUUGAUUUUCCUCAAAGACCCAGUUCCAAAGACACAGACAACGUUCAUGCCUUUAGAGGAGUUGAAUGAAUCGUAUUAUUAUAGUCUCAGGAAGGAUCUACCAAGUAAAGAACUUCCCCCACCAAGACCUCCCAAAAGACAGGUCAAGGCUGAGAGUUUUAACAAGCCUGUAAGAGAAAAAAACCCAACAUGCCAAAACAUUAAGUCCCAAGAUCGACUGCACUCUUUAUCAAGAGAAAAACAUACCACAGAGCCUUACAGAUCACAGAACGUAAAUGCAUAUUCUCCUAUGCCUUGUAAAAGUAUCAGCCGUGAAGAACCAAAUUAUGAAGCGGAAAAAAUGUUCACAGCUGCCAUGAAUAUCACAGAUUAAGACAUGAAUGAAUGAGAAAGCCAGGCUACCCUUCUGUACAUGAAAAAGUCUUCCUGGCAUACUUCAGCCUGCCUUAGGACUUUAGUCGAAGAAGCAAGGGCCUGGCUGAAAAUAUGAAAUCAGACUAUUAUGACGCCAUUACAAUUAUGGGAUCUAUUAUUCAGAAUGUUUCGGACAUGGGGCUUUCAAAAUAAGUUUUUUUUUUUUUUUUAACAUGGAGCAUCAUACCUUACUACUACUAUAUUCAUUUUAAACUUAAAGUGUAAUAGUUUUUUCUUCCAUCGACAGGGAUCCCAACACUGGGAACAGUAAGGAUUUGUUGGUUAAGACCCAGCCUGCUAUGAAAGGGGAGAUUCCAGAUGAGGGCACACAAUUUGACGAUUUGAGUGGAUUAGGGGCAGGGUUGGGUGGAUUAAGGCUGUGGUCAGGUAGGCAUACAUGGCCCCUCAAUCCCUUACAGAAGUUCUGGGCAUCAGAGUAGAUUUUACUUUAAUUUACUACUGUCUUAGUAGAAAACACAGAUCAUAAACAAUUGUUCAAAUAGGAAAAGCAGGAUGACAGUUGACCAAGGAGAGUGGGCACUCAGCACAGGUGUUUCAGCAGUUGGUACACUGAUGGGGGCCACAGAGAUAGACAUACUAGCCUCCAAACACAAUGCAAAACUUCCUCUCUACUGCGCCAGAAUGAGGAUGUGGACAAUUUGUAGACAUCCUGGUCAUCCUGUGAAUCUUCAGGACGGCGUAUGCCUUCCCACCAUUGGCUAUUCUGCCCAGCAUAGUGAGAAAACUAAUGCAUGUCACCACAAGGAUUUAUGCUCAUAGUGCCAGAUCGUCCAAACCAGAUGUUGUACACAGACUUAGUUUUUUUUGUCAAUAGCAGUACCCUGGCAGUUGCCUCUCAGACCAGACUUACUAACACAGGGACCCCUCAGCCAUCCCAGCUAUGCCGUUUUGCGGCGUGGCUCUUGAGACUAAUUGGUGGACGCAACAUGGGUUCUCUCAGGAUACCAUAGACAUCCUCCUCCACUCCCACAAACAGUAUACAACUAAGAUGUACCAUUGAAUAUAGAAAGAUUUCCUUGCCUAGUGCAAUAGACAUCACAUCAGCUGGGACAACAGCUCCAUAUUCUCAAUGGUAGAAUUUCUCACAGAGGGCUUCCGGAAGGGCACACUGAAAACACAGGUCUCUCAGCUGGAUGCUCUAAUGCAUGUCAAGUGGCUUUCAAUUAGAGUUGCUUUACACAUAGCGAUUACCUCUGCAAAACAGGUGUCUGAACUGGCUAUGCUCUCCUACAAAGAACUGGGGUUUACUCUCCAUCAGGACAAAGUAUUCCUUCAAGUUGUUCCAGGAUUUCUACCAAAGAAAUCUGAAUUUCUCAUGAACAAAGACAUCAUUUUACCUACCUUCUGCCCAAAUUCAGCAUGACAAAGACAGAGCACUCCAUAAGCUGAGUGUAGUUCAUGCCAUAAGAAUAUAUUUGAAAAGAUCAGCAGCAUAUAGACAGUCAGAUAACCUGCUAGUCCCAUACGCUACAGCUAACAAUGGAGGGUCAGUGUCCAAGAGAACUGUAGAAAGAUGGUUAGUAGAGACCAUCAGUGCCACUUAUGAUUAGACAAGACACCCAGGCCACUUGCAGUAAAGGCUCAUUCUACGAGGGCACAGAGCACAUUCCACAUUCUCUACAAAACAUGGCAACAGCAUAACAAAUCUGUCAAGAAGCCACCUGGUUGUCACCACUUAUUAACUUUUACAAGUUAAAUGUUUAUGCAUCCUAACUGGCCAGGUUUGGUCAGAAAGCUGUAGCACAGUGUGAAGGCACACUAUGCUAGGCAUCCUUCAGUUAUACCCACCUAGCUAGAGGGACACAGCUUUUGGACGUCCCCAUAAGUCUGCACUGGCAGGAGGGCUGCUAAAGUGGAUUUUGGACUCAUUGGAAAAUCCUUUUCUCGUAGGCACCAACUAUCAGUGCAGUCUUACCCAGGCUGAAUUAGUAUGGGCAAAAGGGACCUCUUCUGUUGCUAUCUCAUGUCUUUUGGCCUUCCUUCUAUCUGUCCUGUCUCCACUGGAUGAGCUUUCCAACCAGCCGCAUAAUUUAGUCACUCCGGGUCCCCCUACAGUAUUUUAAUACAAAAUUUGGCCAGCAACUUAGCCUGUGUGAUUGAGUGUGACCCCCUUAUACUAUAUACUUUUGUGAUUUUAUUGAUUUUUAUUCAAUGCAUUUUAAAAUUGUAUAUUUCUUUUACUGUUGUAAAGAUCAUCAGGGCUACCUCCAGUGCAGUAUAAAAGACAGGGUUGAGACUGGGGAUAAGCAGGCAAGCCAAGCACCCAGCAGGUUACUAGAUCAUGCAAAAUAUUGGCAACACAUCUAAAUAAAAAACCAAGCUGGAAGGGCUGAUCUAAUCACAUUUAAUUUAAAUGCAACCUGUGCAACCCAAAAACCCAAUAUUGUUGGUGGUGUCUGAUUUUUUCUGGUAACAUUAGUUACAUGCGCAUAGUUAA